AUGGUAAAGAACAAUAAGAUUUCCGAGACGAAGAUCUCCAAGAAGAGAGCAGCUAAUGAAGAAUCCGAUGUUGAGCAGGAUGAGGACAACUUCUUAUCCGUCGAUGGAUUAAUUGAUGCCGAGACAAGCGAGAGUGACGAAGAGUAUGAAUCCGCUGUCGAAGAGAAGGAGUCGUCUUCUGAUGAAGAAGCCAGUGGAGAUGCCGAUGAUGAUUCGGACGCUGAAUUAAACAAAUUGCUAGCCGAAGAAGAAGGCGAAGAAGAAGAGGGUUAUGACAGCUCUGAAUUUUCUGACGACACAACUUCCUUAACUGACAAAUUAUCCGGCGUAAAGUUACAUACCAUUGCUGAUCCAAAUAUCUACUCAAAAUACGUAGAUGGUAGAGACAGAGUCAUCAAACCAGAGAUUAAUCCCGUUUACGACAGUGAUGACAGUGACGGUGAAACGCAAAAUACUAUUGGUAACAUUCCACUGUCUGCUUACGAUGAAAUGCCACACAUUGGUUACGAUAUCAAUGGUAAAAGAAUUAUGAGACCUGCCAAGGGUUCCGCUUUAGACCAACUGUUAGAAUCUAUAGAAUUACCUGAAGGUUGGACCGGGUUGUUGGACAAGAAUUCCGGAUCCAGUUUGAAUCUAACCAAAGAGGAAUUGGAACUCAUUUCUAAAAUUCAAAGGAAUGAACAAACUGACGAUAGUAUAAACCCAUAUGAACCUUUGAUCGAUUGGUUCACUAGACACGAAGAGGUUAUGCCGUUGACCGCUGUUCCAGAACCUAAGAGAAGAUUCGUCCCAUCCAAGAAUGAAGCUAAGAGGGUUAUGAAGAUAGUUAGAGCUAUCAGAGAAGGUCGUAUUAUUCCUCCAAAGAAAUUAAAAGAAUUGAAAGAACAGGAAAAGACUGAAAACUACCAAUUCGAUUUGUGGGGUGAUUCUACUGAAACUGAUGAUCAUGUGAUGCAUUUAAGAGCCCCAAAAGUACCCCCACCAACUAAUGAAGAAAGUUAUAACCCACCCGAAGAGUAUCUUUUGUCACCAAAAGAAAAAGAAGCUUGGGAAAAUACCGAAUACAGUGAAAGAGAAAGAAAUUUUCUACCUCAAAAGUAUGCUGCCCUAAGAAAAGUUCCUGGUUACGGUGAAUCCGUCAGAGAAAGAUUUGAAAGAUCUUUGGAUUUGUAUCUAGCUCCUCGUGUCCGUAAGAACAAAUUGAACAUCGAUCCAGAUUCUUUGAUUCCAGAACUUCCCUCUCCAAAGGAUUUGAGACCUUUCCCUAUCCGUUGCUCCACAAUAUACGCUGGGCACAAGGGUAAAGUACGUACACUAUCCAUUGAUCCAUCUGGGUUAUGGCUAGCCACAGGUUCUGAUGAUGGUACGGUCAGAGUAUGGGAAAUUUUAACCGGUAGGGAAGUUUACAAAACGACUCUGGUCGAUAGUGAAGAAAACCCAGAUGACCAUAUUGAAUGUAUUGAAUGGAACCCUGACGCUAAUAACGGUAUUCUUGCCGUUGCUGUUGGUGAAAAUAUUCAUCUAAUAGUACCACCAAUAUUUGGUUACGAUAUUGAAAAUAAUGGUAAAACUAAAAUUGAAGAUGGUUUCGGUUACGACACUUUUGGUACUGUUAAAAAGUCCAACCUAGAAGUAAACGGAGAUGACGAUGAUAACGAAGAAGGUAAAAAUGAUACUUCCAAGAAUGCUGUGAAAAAGCAAGUAGCCCAAUGGAACAAACCUUCUCAAGAGCAGCUGGAAAAAGAUAUCUGUAUCACCAUUACCUGUAAGAAAACUGUCAAGAAACUUUCAUGGCAUAGAAAGGGUGACUAUUUUGUCACUGUCCAACCUGACUCUGGUAAUACUUCCGUUUUGAUUCAUCAAGUCUCCAAGCAUUUGACUCAAUCGCCCUUCAGAAAAUCUAAGGGUAUCAUUAUGGAUGCCAAGUUCCAUCCUUUCAAACCUCAACUAUUUGUCUGUUCCCAAAGAUACGUCAGGAUUUAUGAUCUAUCUCAACAGGUGUUGGUCAAGAAAUUGUUGCCUGGUGCCCGUUGGUUAUCCAAGAUUGAUAUUCAUCCAAGAGGUGACAACUUAAUUGCGUCAUCCUUCGAUAAGAGAGUGUUAUGGCACGAUUUGGAUUUGGCUAGUACACCAUACAAGACACUAAGAUACCAUGAUAAGGCCGUCAGAAGUGUGAACUUCCACAAAAAACUGCCUCUAUUCAGUUCCGCCGCUGACGAUGGUACUAUACAUAUUUUUCAUGCCACUGUUUAUGAUGACAUGAUGAAAAAUCCAAUGAUUGUUCCAUUGAAAAAAUUAACCGGCCAUAAAGUAAUCAACAGUCUUGGUGUUCUUGAUGCUAUCUGGCAUCCAAGAGAAGCUUGGUUGUUCUCUGCUGGUGCUGAUAAUACAGCUCGUUUGUGGACCACUUAG